UGUUGUGAAGAUGUAGAGCAGUACGCCGUGCUUCCCCCAAGACGCCGCUUCCGGUCGGAGAAGGUGGCCCUCUCCGCCGGGAUGUACCCGUGACCGGUACCAGCCUGCCGCUUCUUUCAGCCCCGAGCCAUUUCGCCUGGUCCCCGGUGUGCAGCCUCAGAGCCCCGACUAUGUUGUGAGGAGGAGGAGCAGGGAGCCGGCGCCGUCUUCUCUCCCCGUUCUUUUAGCGAGGCCUGUGGAUUCCUCUGCUUUGUUUUUAUAGGUUUCUCCGUGCUCCCCGGUGACGGCACCCCUUUUCCCGUUCCACCCCCAACCCGUUCCUCCCCGCCGCCCCGGAGACAUGGCCUCCUCCUCCGGGAACGAUGACGACCUCACCAUCCCCCGGGCUGCCAUCAACAAGAUGAUUAAAGAGACUCUGCCCAGCGUGCGGGUGGCCAAUGAUGCCCGGGAGCUGGUGGUGAAUUGCUGCACCGAGUUCAUCCACCUCAUCUCCUCGGAGGCCAAUGAGAUCUGCAACAAGUCUGAGAAGAAGACCAUCUCCCCGGAGCAUGUCAUCCAGGCACUAGAAAGUUUGGGAUUUGGUUCCUAUAUCGGUGAAGUAAAAGAAGUCCUGCAAGAGUGCAAAACAGUAGCGUUAAAAAGAAGAAAGGCCAGUUCACGUCUAGAAAACCUUGGCAUUCCUGAAGAAGAACUUCUAAGGCAGCAGCAAGAAUUGUUUGCAAAAGCCAGACAGCAACAAGCAGAAUUAGCCCAACAGGAAUGGCUACAGAUGCAGCAAGCAGCACAGCAGGCACAACUGGCAGCCGCCUCAGCCAGUGCAAGCAACCAGGCAGGCUCCUCACAGGAUGAGGAGGAAGAUGAUAUCUGAAUCUUCCCAGUUGCGUUUUCUAUCCUCCUGAAUCGUUUUUUUGCCUGCACAAAGAAAUCCAUGGAAAAGAAAGCAAAAAACAAAACAAACGCUUACCUGGAAUUUUUUUUUUAUGUGUCUAUUGUGGACUGGUCAAUUGGUAUUCUAGGGAUGUCUGUAAAGUCUCUGCUCCUAUAUACCCUAUACAUGUACAAAACCCCUUUUUGAACUGUCGACACACUUAAGGUUCAGUAUCAUAUCAGUAGAGAAUUUUUAAUGGUCUUUAUGAAAUUUUAUAUUAGCAAUGAGUCAUUUACUUGAUCAAUAAGCAGUGUUAAACCAAACUACAACUUUAUUAAAUAGCGAGAUUUAUACAGAAGCUCUAAAAACCUAUUUGCAUUUCCCUUUUAACUAAACUUAAAAACCAAAAAAAAGAAAGAAAAAAAACAAAAACAAUCUUAGGAGGUUUUUUUUAAUUUUGGGGGAGGGUUGGGGACAUUUAUUGGUCUGGAAGGAAUACGAUGAUGGAAUAAGGCAUAUAUGAAAGGUCGGCGGUGUUUAUGUGUAAUGUGCAAGUUUGGGUGCAUAGCGGUGCAAGCACCCUGUCUGAUUUCUAUAUUUGCCCAUACUGAAUCAUGUGCUGCAGUUAUCUCUUGUAUGCGUCUUGUUUUAAUAGCCUGAACUUACAUGUUGUAGCAGAGUACUACAUUUUACAAGGGGAAACAAAGGAAAAUGUUGUAUGAGGAAGUGUAAGCCCUGCUGUGUGUAUGUUCAGGAACGUGUCCCGAGCAAUUGUAGAGAAAUGCCUACUUGCUGUCCUGUUGGGUCGGCACAGAUCAUCUUUUAGGAUAUACAUUUACAGUUAACUUUGGUUUUUAAAAUGUCCAUGUCCAUGACUUAAUGAAUCGACAUAGCGUCAGUGAUUUGCACUGAGGAGUUUCGGAAGGUGUUUCUGGGCCAACAUUAUUGUUAA